UCUAUAAACUAAUGCCAAACCCCAAUCUGUCAACUUGCCGCUCCCCCCAUUUUUAAAAGAGCCACCCUUCCUGUUUCUUCUUCUUCUUCUUCGCCUAACAACCCCUUUCUCUCUCUUCUUUGAUUUGGUUGUUUCUCACCUUUAAACGCUGUUGAUCAUCAAGCUCUAAUCAGUAAUCAUGGACGCUGGUGAUCCUAGUUUCAACAAAGCUAGUAACCCUUAUGUUACUGAGCAAGAGUUAGAAGAUAACGACAACGUUUCAUCAGAAACCGGCGCUGAGUCUCCUCCUUCUACCACUUUCAACAGCAUCAAACUCUCUCCUAAAAAAGGGAGAUCCAUACAGAAAAGAGUUGUGUCAGUGCCUAUCAAGGAUGUUGAAGGUUCCCGCUUUAAAGGUGAGAGUGCUCCACCAUCCGAUUCUUGGGCUUGGCGAAAGUACGGCCAAAAACCCAUCAAAGGCUCUCCUUAUCCCAGAGGUUAUUAUCGGUGUAGUAGCUCGAAGGGAUGUCCGGCAAGGAAACAAGUCGAGAGGAGUCAUGUGGACCCUAAAAUGUUAGUGAUCACGUACUCCUGCGAACACAAUCACCCCUGGCCCGCUUCUAGACACAAUACCGCCGCCGCUAAGCAAGCUGCUGCGGCGGCGAAGGCAGCGGCUGCAGCGGAGGCAUCAACAGCAACUGUAACAGCUGUACAGAACGAGCCAUCUACGUCGCAGGCCGACACGGAACAGGAAUCAGGGACCGAAGAGAGGUUCGCUGAUUUGACGGAGGACUCGAUUCUUACAACAGGGGAUGAAUUUGCUUGGUUUGGGGAGAUGGAAACGACGUCGUCGACGGUUCUGGAGAGCCCCCUGUUUACAGAAAGGGAUGACUGCGAUGCCGACGUGGCGAUGGUCUUCCCGAUGAAGGAAGAGGACGAGUCGUUAUUCGCCGAUCUGGGCGAGUUGCCUGAGUGCUCCUUUGUGUUUAGGCAUCAACGGAAUGUGGGACCACAGGUUGGGAUCUGCUGACACGUGUCUUAUGAGCAGUUCGUAAUUGGUGGAGUCGUCCUCGGUUUCAACGUCCCUGCGGUGCGUAUCAUUUAUCGUGUGGCACACUAGAUAGGAAAUUUAAAACUGAGAAAAAAACUUUAUAAUUUAAAAAAAAAAAAAAGAUACCCCCCCUUACAUUGCAUUAUCCCUUUGCGAAUUUCAUCGGAUAUAUAUUAAUUUUCUUUUCACAAUUUAAUUUGCCAUUGGUUUCGGUGUAGUAAAUGAAUAAAAAUUCCGAAUUCCAAAUUCUGUCGUUAUCUUGUUGUGGGCUUACCAAAAUUUGCCAUUGCCGCACGUCCGUUUAAGCUUCACUCUUGAGGGACUUAAUUGAAUAGAAACAAUUUUUACUGAGCUCAAA